AUGUAUCCCCAACGACAGGUAUACAAUGAUCCACAAGUACAGUCGCAACUUCCCCAAAGAGGGUUCGGGUAUCCUUCCAACGUUGUCAACUCGGGCUUAACCAGUGACACCGCUCCAAUUCAGACAACUAUGGCGGCAAGUCUUUCUGCAGGCCCUCCAGGAGGUAUUGCAACGAAUAUUCCCGGAGGAGUACCCGCAGGAACAUCAUCAGGGCCUCCUCCAGGAGCCUCUGUGAGUUCUGGUGGAGCUCCUAAUACUAACAAAGCUUUGAAUGAUGAAAAAGUUUACGCAUGGAUUCUGGAGUUGGCCUAUGGUCCGAACAAGGAACAAGCACUUCUAGAACUUGGUAAGAAAAGAGAAUUGUAUGACGAUUUGGCUCUAGUACUUUGGCAUUCAUUUGGCGUGAUGACUUCUCUCUUGGAAGAGAUUGUUGCCGUAUACCCGUUGUUGUCACCGCCCCAAUUAACUACACCUAUAUCAAACCGAGUAUGCAAUGCGUUGGCCCUUCUACAAUGUGUGGCAUCUCAUCCAGACACUAGAAAUGCAUUUCUGAACGCUCACAUUCCAUUAUUUUUGUACCCUUUCCUUAAUACCAGUUCCAAACAGCGACCAUUUGAGUACCUAAAACUGACCUCACUAGGAGUUAUUGGUGCUCUUGUUAAGAACGAUUCACCAGAGGUAGUGUCCUUCUUACUUACCACAGAAAUUAUUCCUCUAUGCCUCAAAAUCAUGGAAUCUUCAUCAGAACUGUCUAAGACAGUUGCCAUUUUCAUAGUACAGAAGAUUCUAUUCGAUGAUUCCGGAUUAGCAUACGUCUGUCAGACUUUUGAACGCUUUUCUGCUGUUUCCAACGUUUUGAAAUCAAUGGUUGAACAGCUAGUGCUUCAACCAGCCCCACGCUUGCUCAAACAUGUGGUACGAUGUUACUUGCGUCUAUCUGAUAAUGUUGACGCCAAGAAGGCUUUGAAGGAAUGUCUACCUGAGCCACUCAAAGAUGGGACGUUCAGCUCAGUAUUGGUGAAUGAUGCGGCUACAAAAAGAUGUCUGUCACAGUUACUGGUAAAUGUCUCCCAGGAGUAA